AUGGCUGGGGUCUGGAAAGAAGAUGGAUCCUACGAGUAUGCCCCUGGCGAGCGUGCAAGGCUGAAAGGCAAAGAGAAAGGCAAGGACAAGGGCAAAGGCAAAGACAAGGGAAAAGGAGAGAAAGGGAAAGGCAAAGGCAAAGAGAAGGGGAAGGACUCCAUGACGGCGGCAGAGCGCCUCGCCUUCGCGCAGGGCGCGUUGUCUGCAGACGGUCCUGCAGCCAAGAAAGCCCGGGUUGGGGAGCCUGGGGCUCCUGGGGCUGGGGCAGAAGAAGAAGAGGAGGAGCUUCCCGAGUUCGACUUCGAAAAGGACUGGAAAGAUAAAUCCGUCGCACUCCUGAACCUCAAGGGAGCAAAGGAUCUCAACGGUCUCAUGGGAGUGGUCAAAGAGUACAACGAGGAAACAAAGCGAUUUCUGGUUUGUGUGGAGGGUGGCAAAGGGGAGAAGAGCAUCAAGAUGGAGAACAUCUUCAAGGUAAUGACUGGAUGCAUCGUGAAGCUCCGCGGCCUAGAUUCCAUAGAGCUGAACGAAGCCAUCGGAGAAUGCGGUCGGCUUGAUGUAGAGAACCUGAGAUACGACAUCACACUGUCUGACGGACGUCAUGUCAAAGCGAAACCUGCAAAUGUCGAGCUGGUGGCCAAAUACGAAUCUUCCAAGGUGGCCGGUGAUUCAUCCCAGAUGGAUCGCAUCCGAGCAGCCAAUGGCCUCCGCGAUCGGCUCACUGCCGUGGAGGAGUUCGACUUUCCCGCUCCGAUGGUGCUUCCGGCCAGCGCGCUGGAGGAAUACGCCCAGAAGUUUCCAAAGUCGGUCGUGAUCGGAAAGUCCAAUGCUGCAAAUCCCAAAGGUGCCCAGGUGCUCGCACGGGAGGUGGUGAGUGCGACGAAGGUGCCGCCGGGAGCACGUCUGGUCUUCAUCUCGGUCCCUCGAGACAGGUGCGUGGCGCCGACCUUGGCAGUGUUGGUUGAGCUGCGGUGA